AUUCCAUCUAAAAGUACAUGUAGUAGAUUAUUUAAUAACAUUAACCUCAUAAAUGGAAAAUUGCAUGUCUGGGAAGCAGAGGUCUGAAAUAUCACCACUGUCAAUGCAAUGUGGUAUUUAAUCAAUGGUUGGGUGUUUUCUUUUCUUUUUUUUAAUUGUCUAACUCAAGACACUGACCCCAAAAAUGGGUAUAUUUUUACGAGUGCAAAAGUACUUAAAAAAGGAGAGGAAAACAAACUUUAUUUGAGGAGAAUAGGGAAUUUGGAUGAAGGUACUUUAAAUGUUACUUUAUUGUACAGGUCAGACUUUUUCUCAGUAGAUGUUCCUCAGAUUUCUCAAGAAUUUCCAGUACCUUCAGGUGAAGCAUAUACGACGUUUAACUGGCUUCUGGACAACUUUGAAACUGAUUACAGUUACGGGACUUUAAAAAUAAACGGAAUUUUUGGGGAUUACAGCUUUACGGGUAAUGACACUGUUAAAUUUGUUUAUCCGAAGCCAAAUAUUGUCAUCAUUCAAACAGAUAAGCCUGUAUACCAACCAGGACAAACAGUAAAAUUUAGAAUACUGAAAGUGAACAAAGAUUUCAAACCAGGUAAUGAAGAUAACACAGCUAACGCAUAUGUUGCCGAUCCAAUGGGAACACAUCUGUUUCACUUUGAGGACAUAGAAUUAGUAAAAGGCAUAGCACAAAACGAGUUUAAACUUUCGGAGGAGCCUUCCUUGGGUACUUGGUCAAUUAACGUAUCAGUAGCAAAUGAGUUUCACACGACAGAAUUUGCUGUUGAUGAAUUUGACCCACCUACGUUUGAAGUUAAAUUGAAUUUACCAUCAUUCAUAUUGUCAACUGAAGAAAAUAUUUUAAUAGAAGUGUGUGCAAAGUACAAGUAUGGAUUACCCGUCACUGGAAUGUUAAAUUUCACGGCUUUUUCUUUACAUAGUCUUUACGCUCAUUACGGACUACCUAAAAAGCCAGUACCAACAAUGGAUAUUUACACACAGAUUCAUGGCUGCUACCAAGUUGAUUUAUAUGUGCCUUUAAUUGAACCAGGGAAUGUUUAUACUUAUUCAAAAAUACAAAUAUCUGCACAAGUUAUAGAAGACGGAACAGGAGCAAAAAUGGAGGUAAAACAGUACUUAGAAAGAACAACAAUGCCAUUAAUACUAGAAUUUUUUGAUUCAUUAGAAUACUAUAAACCUGGUAUGCCUUACAAUGGAAAACUUAAAGUACUGAAACCUGACAAUACUCCUGCGGAAAAUGAGACUAUAGAAAUCUGUACUUGGAUCGAUAAAGAACGCAGUAUUGCAGUAUGGUAUGCCAUGAGGGAAAUUGAAAUUUGCUCAAAUUUUACAUCCAAUUUGAAGGGAGUUAUUCUAUACACUUUUCUGCCACAAAAUCUGGAAGAUGUUUCGAUAACUUUAAAGGCUAAGUCGUUGGCUUAUUUACCCCAAAACUCAAGUGAUACUACUUACAGAGCAAGUAGUCUAGAGCAACCAGCAGCUACAAAGCACUUAAAAGCAUAUUAUUCACCCACUAACAGCUAUAUUCAGAUCCAGGCUUUUCACCAACCAGUUAAGUGUGGCACAAAGCAAACUUUAAAAGUUUUUUACACAGCAGAUGAAAGUUCUACAGACUUCCAGUUUUUUUAUCAGAUCAUAUAUCAAGAAGCUGUAAUGCUGGAAGACUCCGUUACUGAAAGUUAUAAACCUCAAGCUGACAUUUUUAAAAAAUUCAAGAAUUCCAAUGCAGUUAUCAAGGGAGAGGAAUUUCAAAUCGAACCAAGUUCUGCCGAAAUAGGAAAUCAGUCUAAUGCUGAAUUUCUUAAUUCUUCUUUAUAUACACCAACAAACUAUCAACCUCAUCUUGGAAAAGUAGAAGUUACAAUACAGAUUCGUCAGUAUCUCGCUCCCGAAUUUGUUUUCCUCAUAUAUUACAUAAAAGACAACAGAGAAAUAAUUGCUGAUUCUAUGAAAAUCGCAGUUGAUAAAUGUUUUAAAAACAAGGUUGACUUCUUUUUUGGAGACAAGAAAAAAGAACCGGGAUCAGACACCGAUAUCUACAUCAAAGCAUCUCCUAAUUCUUUUUGUGGUAUAAAAGCAAUAGAUCAAAGUGACACUAUAGUUAAUUCCGGGGAUCAAAUCACUCCGGACAAACUUUACCAGUUGAGAACAAGUCUCUUUAAUGACUAUUACCGACCAUCUAAUCCAUGUUAUAGUGAUAUUAAGCAGCCAGGUCUUGAUAACAAUGCAUUCAAGAAUAUGACUCGACCACCAAUAGGAAAAUAUGGCACUCCAAAUUAUGUGGAUUCUUUUGCUGCAUUUCAGGAUUCAAGUGUUCUGGUCAUCAGUGAUCUGUUCCUUGUUACAAGACCUUGCAAGAGGAACAAAAAGUAUCCCGCGUCAUACUAUGAUGAUGAAUACAUAAACGAAGACUAUUUUGGUCAAACUCCUGCUGUAGAAUACACUUAUGGAGAUUAUGGAACUGAAGAUUAUGAGACUUCUGGGUCGGAAUCAGAUGAACGGAUGUAUAGCGACACUCAGAUUAUUUCAGGUGCAAGAACAAAUCCUGAAACUUGGUUGUUCGAAAUGGAUUUGACUGGGCCAGAUGGUGCAUUUAUUACUAAAAAACAAUUACCAGACACCAUAACAGAUUGGGUAGGAAGAGCAAUUUGUUUGAAUCUUAAAGAUGGUCUUGGAAUAUCCAACGACACCUACAUUUCAUCUUACAAAUCAUUUUCCAUUGAUUAUACUCUGCCAUUUUCUAUAAUUAGAGGAGAAGAAUUAACACUAGUCGUAACAGUAUUAAAUUAUGAAUCUGGUGCAUUGCCAGUUGCCAUUACGGUUGAUAAUCCUGGAUUCACAAAGAUUUCAAGCAAUAAAGAAGUAUGUGUAGAUCCAGAAGGUAAAACGACAUUCCCAAUCGUAUUAAAAGCUUCUGAAUUGGGAGAAGUUAAUGUAACAGUUCGGGCUGAGACAACUUCAACGCACGGUAUCUGUGGUGGUUCGUCAAUAUCAAAUACCAAUGCUAAAGAUACAGUCACCAAACCAAUUCAAAUUAUGGCUGAAGGGUAUCCUGUAGAAAAAGUAAUAAGCAUACUAGCUUAUCCAUCAAUAAGUGCAAAAAACGUAUUUCAAACAAAAGUCACUUUUACUACUCCCAAAAAUGUAGUUCCUGGUUCGGACACUGGAUACGUGGAUUUUGUUGGCGAUAUACUAGGUCCAGCCAUUAAUAACCUACAAAAUCUUGUUAGUUUACCAACUCAGGGAGGAGAACUAAAUAUGAUCAAUUUCGUGCCAAGCUACUUAGUCCUAGACUACUUAACUGAAAUAGGACUACUCACGGAAGAUAUAAAGAACAGAGCCACUAACAACUUAAAUACAGCAUACCAACGUGAAAUGAAAUACCGUCAUGACGAUGGAUCCUUCAGUACUUUCGGUGAUGCCGAUGAGGAGGGUAGUAUGUUCCUGACAGCCUUCGUACUGCGCUCAUUUUAUGAAGCUCAAGAUUAUAUCUUAAUCGAAGACUCUAUUCUCCGGCAGAUGCAAGAUUGGAUCGUAUCCAAACAGCUAGAUAAUGGGUGCUUUCCCAACACUGGCCAAAUUAUUGAUUUCGAUGUGCAGGAUGGAUUAACGUAUGGAAACUCUACUGGCAGCACUACUGCUUACGUUCUCGCUUCACUUGUUAUAACGGAAUUCGACAACAUUUCUGUCAUUAAUAAAGCUUUUAAAUGUUUGAAAGAGAACUACCCCGCUGAUCCUCAUACUCAACUUAUGUACUCAUACACAGAGGCUCUAAUUAACAAACUGAAAGAAGCUCAAAUGCACAUGGACGAUGCUAGACGGCACCUUAACAAAACAGGUGCAGCAGCUUAUUUUGCAGUAGCGAAUGGAACAAAAUCCAAAGAAAUAGAAGCAACUGCCUAUGCCGUUUUGUCAACGUUAGAAAUGGGAAAGGAUCCUACAGCUGCCUUUCCAUAUGUUAAUUUCUUAACUAAAACUUUGAGCCCGUAUGGAGGAUUUAUAUCAAUACAAGACACGUGUAUUGGUUUGGAAGCUCUUACAAAGUUUUUAGAAUAUGUUUAUGGAGAUUCUAUUAGCCUUCAAAUCGAAACUACUGGUGGUUUACAAGAAACUGUCAGCCUCAAUGAUGACAACAGGUUUUCGAUUCAACGUUUCAAAGUAUCUGACACUUCAAGUAAAAUAAAUAUUUUAGCAAGAGGCAGCGGUUACGGACUUUUGCAGGCUGUUCACCGCUAUAACACAAAAGUGCCACCAGAAAGUACAACGUUUUCAAUUGAAGUAAGCGGAAAAUGUUUAGAUAAAAAUUGCAAAAAUGGAAUUAUUGAUGUUUCCGUUGCAUAUUUGCCCACAAAUUUGCAAUCAGGAAUGAGCAUUCUAGAAAUCAAUUUAGUCACUGGAUUUGUACCUGAUACGGAUAGUUUAUAUAAGGUAAAAUCAAAUGAAGAUAGCAAAAUCUUAAAAAUAGAUGUUGAAAAUAACUCGGUGAUCUUCUACUUUGAAGAAAUUACAAAUGACAAACAAAAUUUUAGUUUUCAAAUUCAGCAAAUUGUGGAAGUAAACAAUAGAAAACCAGGAUUAGCGAAAGUCUAUGCAUAUUACGCAAAAGAUAAUGCCGCAUCAACAAGCUAUACAGUUGAAUGAGUGAUUUUUUACAUUACGAAGAAAGUAUUUUAAAUUGUGUCUCGUUGUA